CUGGAUCAAAGGAAUCCCAAACCUUCCACAAAGGUUUGAUGCAGAUCCAGACUGGAUUACACGAGCUGAUCCGAUUUCAGAAUCCUUUUCGAGAUUUGAUCCAGAUUUCUUCUGAAUAACUGGCAGAAUGCCACACUGCAGGAGGAACCGGAUCCACAUCUGGAGACCAGAAGAUCACUGAGAUCUCCAGCUGAUGGCGCUGUAAACACAGAGAAUUAAUACAUUUUUCAGCAACAGAAAAGGGCAACAUAGGCCGAAUAUGUGCAAUAUUUCUAAGAUGAAAAAGGAGGUCUUUACCGUGUUCUGUACAAAAGGCUGGAAUGACAGGGUGGCGUCAAAGAUAACACCAAGCUUUUUUAGUUUACUGUGUAGCUCUAGGGCAACACCAUCAACUGAUAGAUCUACAGAAGCAGCAUUUCGCAGUUGGUGGGGAGAGCUAAGAAGCAUAACUUCAGUUUUAGAGCUAUUCAGACAGAACAUUUUUAGACAUCCACAACUUAAUCUCAGAAAUACCGUUGGAAAGAUGAGGGACAUCCAGAAAUUGACCAGGUUGAGAAUGUAAAUAAAUCUGAGUAUCAUCAGCAUAGAAGUGGUAGCUGAGGUUAAGGGAUCUUAAUUGCUGACCAAGAGGAUAAAUAUAAAUGCUAAAAAGCAGGGGACCAAGGACUGAGCCCUGUGGGACACCAGUACAAACAGGAUCCACAUCAUGAUGGUUAUGAUUUAUGAAGGAAAACAGGCUGGUUUAUGUGACACUAUAUGAAACACUCGUUUAGUAGCUGGUUUUCAUCAGAUGUGCUCUGAUGAAGCUGGUUCCAUGUGAACUCGCUGUAGCCACAGGAUGUUUGUCUCUGAACAGGAAACCAUGUGACUGGCUAGAGGAAGUAAUUUGAGCUAAAUGUUUCUGAUGGAUGCACUGGAACGUUUUGGAGCGUGAGGUUCUGUUUCAUUACAUCGAACACACAGAAUACGACUAAUGAAACUCACAACAUACAGCACAUCCGUAAACUGUAAAGUAGUGUGAAAAGUGAUCAGCUUCAUCUGUUCACGAGUGAAAGCUUGUGCAGCGGGUCAUCUGAAGGUCAAAGGUCAGCUGGUGUCAGUCACAUGACAUUUGUAGCCGUCUCUUUUAUCGUACAGAAUCCAGAGUUUAUUCUCUGUGUUCUGAAAUCAUUUGAAUUAAAGUUCAGGGUGAAUCUGCAUUUCAUCAUGUUCACAGCUGGUGAACGAGUCCAACGGGUUUGAUUCCACCUUCAUUAAGUUCGGAUGUAAAUCGUGGCUAAUUGGUGCAAAUAUGGUUCAGUGAUUGAGGCUCAUUAACAUCAUCACAUCAAGGUCAGACACUAAACACAAAGAAACAAUGAAGCUCACAUGCAUUAUAGAAAUGAGUGCUUAAAUGUCAUUGUGAGCUAAUUCCACUUCCUGUGUGACGCGGCUGAUUCACUUCAGAUUCACACUGAUGACCAACUGCUUUGAUGCUGCGUGAUGGUGACAGACAGAUGCUGUCGCCAUGGAAACUGUGCAGCUGCUUGGAUCACGUGACAUCAGUCUCAUGCGGCCUUGAGCUGCUCAAGCGCUCACUAGUGUUCACUAUCAAGUGAACUAGAGAGCUCAACAUCUUCAUCAGAACAUAAAGCACAGCAACAUGAUGUCUGAUUUUACUUCAGUACGACAAAGAACACAACAUUAAAUGAUGCAAACGUGAUGUAAUCGUUAGGAUAGAGAUAUAAUAGACUGAUCAGCAUUCAUAAGGAAGGAGACACUUGUUGAGGUGAGCUGUGGCUCCGCCCCCUCUGCGAGUCGACCAAUGAGCGCGCGGCAGCGGACACACACACACACACACACACACACACACACACACACACAGCUGAUCGUCUCCGGAGGAGGAAAGUUUCUUCAGCAUCGGAUUAUGACGUUCAUUUCCUGUGACGUUGUUCAAGAUCUGAUGGUCUGAGGCCGAGUUUCUGUUUCUGUCAUGAUCAGUGAGUUUGUGUUCAGCGCUGUCCACCUGAAGGUUGAUCAUGAAACACAGCGCAGAUCUGCAUCAUGCAUCUGGUGCUCGAAAGUCUGCGGCUUCAUCCUCCUCCUCGUCUUCAUCGUGGCGUCUUACGUGCUGUCCAGUGAGAGGAAGACUCUGCUCUUCGCUCCGUAUCUGAUGGAGGAGGACCUGAGUGAAGACGCCCUCAGAGACGUGGUGCGCAGCAUCGCAACUAAAGUGAAGUUCAGAGCCAGACGGGUUCCUGACGUCAGCGAGCUGAUGGGCCUCGAGGAACACAUGUUCUCUGUGGUUCCGCGGCGCUUUCUGCCGGACCUUAAGAACCCCUGCUGGUUCGAGGAGCUGCAUGGAGACGUGAGCGCGGAUCCAUACGGAUCAAACCUGUUCGGUCGCUCCUUCAGACAGAUACAGCUCAUCUUUGAGCAGCUCAGCGGCUUGUUCAGACGGCGAUUAACACGGCGUGAUGGGAAACUGCAGCGGCUGCGCUGUCUGCCCUACUUCUACAUCAUCGGCCAGCCCAAGUGUGGCACGACGGACCUGUACGAGCGCCUGAGGCUUCAUCCGGACGUCCGGCUCACGCCGCCUAAAGAGCCGCACUGGUGGACCAGGAAGAGGUUCGGAAUCGUUCGCUCUGGUGAACGUCCUCACACACGUUUCCCGCUGGACCAUUAUCUGGACCUGUUUGAUCCGGUGGCCCUUCAGAUACAGCAAAGCCUUCUGGGAAACUCCAGCAGCAACAUCACCAGUGAGGCCAGCGCUUCCACUAUGUGGGACAACAACGCCUGGCUGUAUCUCCAUGGCAACAGCACAGGGGCGGAGCCUCCGUCACUCGUCCAGGACUUAAUUCACGCGCUGCAGCCAGACGCACGAUUCAUCGCCAUCCUCAGAGACCCUGUGGAGAGGUCAGAGGUCACCGGCGUUCUUAUCCCCAACUGUGUGUGUGUGCAGGUGCGUCUGCAGGUGGGCCUGUACGUGGUGUAUCUUCUGGACUGGAUGUCAGUGUUCAGCCGUGAUCAGCUCUUAGUUUUGCGUUUGGAGGAUCAUGCUUCAAACCCGGAGCUCAGCAUGAGCAGGAUCUUCCGCUUCCUGCGCUUAGGAGCGCUGUCUGAUCAGAGACAGAGACAGAUCAGCAAGCGUCCCGCGUCAAACACCAGACAUCCGUCCGACAGGGAUCUGGGCCCGAUGCGUCCCAUCACACGAGAGCUGCUCACGCUGUUUUACGCUCCGUUCAAUCAGAGACUGGCAGAGGUUCUGCAGGACGAGUCGUUCACGUGGGACGGUCGCUCUGAACACACCUGACAGCCGUGUGAUGUUCCUGGAUCUCACAGACACCAUGAAGUCUGUCCGACAGCAAAUGUGGAAGAAUCGGGCUUUUAUCUGUACUUUCAAAUGGAUAGUUCACCCAAAAAUUAUUUAUAAAAACACUAAAGAAGAUAUUGUGGAAAAAUUGGAAACUGAAUAACUUUGGACCCCAUUGACUUUCACUGUACGGAUGAAAACCACUGAGGCGUUUCUCAAAACAUCUCAUUUGUGCUCCAUAAAAUAAAGACACGAGGGUGAAUAAAUGAUGACAGAAUGAUUAUUUUUAGGUGAACAAUUCUUAAACCAGCAGCCUAUAGAUGAAAACUAAAGCACUAGAAAUCCAAAAAUCGCUUUAUAUCACUUUUACAGAAUUACAAAUGAUGCACUCACUUCAUUUUCCGUCAGAGAAAGAUCUGCACUGCGCAUGUGCGGAGUUUAUUCUCACGUUUCCUUCACUGACUGCUGAA